CGUGUGACCCUCAAGUAACAAGGACUGCUGCAUAGUUGGAUGGAUUUUACCUCCUUCUCAGGUGGACACCGUGUUUUCAGUAGCAAUUAUGAAUUCUCAGAAAUGUCAUGUUCUGGCCUUUUUUGUCUUCAGUGUUUUGCUUUCAAUCAUAUUGUAUACUACAAAACUAUCUGAGGAAAACAGGCUGAGGAUGUACAACCAACCAGCAGCCACUGUCUUGCCAGAAGUUUGUGAAGCCCUUAGUGAAGGAAAGACCACUUGGGUACCAGAGAACCUGCACAUGGCACCAUUUGGGCAAUCCAACUGCAAUGGUUACAUGACCCAGAAUCACUACAUCACUAGAACCCUCUCUGUGGAAGAAGCUGCAUUUCCAUUAGCCUACAUUGUAACUCUGCACAAACAAUUUGAUAUGUUUGAGAGGUUCUUCAGAGCUAUUUAUAUGCCCCAAAACGUAUACUGUAUCCACAUAGAUAAGAAAGCUGCCAGUGAGUUCAAGAAAAAGGUAGAGAAACUGUUGCACUGCUUCCCCAAUGCAUUUCUUGCUACAGAAACAGAGUGGGUGGUUUAUGCUGGAGUAUCCAGGCUUCAGGCAGAUUUGAACUGCAUGAAAGAUCUUGUGAAAUCCAAGGUGCCCUGGAAGUACCUUCUCAAUGCUUGUGGACAAGACUUCCCCUUGAAAACCAACAAGGAAAUAAUUCAGCACCUGAAACGGUUUAAAGGGAAAAACAUCACUCCAGGGGUACUGCCUGGACCUCACAUUCUGAAAAGGACAAAAUAUGUCUACAGAGAACAAAGAUACUAUAGCUUUUCUUUCAUGUUGGGGACUUUCCUGAGGAAAACGCCUCCUCCACACGAUCUGCCCAUCUAUUUUGGCUCUGCGUACAUUGCGGUUGCCAGGGAAUUCGUCGACUUUGUGCUCAAAGACCCCCGUGCUGUUGAUCUUCUUGAAUGGUCCAAAGACACCUACAGUCCUGAUGAACAUUUCUGGGUGACACUCAACAGGAUACCUGGUGUCCCUGGUUCCAUGCCAAAUGCUUCAUGGGAAGGUGACUUGCGAGCUAUUAAGUGGAGUGAUAUGACAGACCUUCACGGAGGGUGUCACGGUCAUUACGUCAGAAACAUCUGUAUCUAUGGGACUGGUGACCUGAGGUGGCUGCUGAACUCCAAAAGCCUGUUUGCUAACAAAUUUGAGCUUGAAACAUACCCACCGACAGUGGAGUGCUUGGAACUGGUACUUCGGGAGAGAGCCCUGAACCAGAGCGAGGUACCAGUGGAACCGAGUUGGUACUUUUAGCCAAACCCUGGGAGCUCCCUUACAGCUGAUGAGCAGAGAAAAUAAGGGAGAGUCAACCUUCUGGAAGAACCAUUUCCCCCAAGACUCUGCAGUUUAAGGAUGUUCAAUACGGGUACAUUUUUUUUAAACAUUGUGAAAAUCUUUGCACUAAGGCUGGAAUAAAAACUCAAAGCCAUCGGAAUACAAGUGGACCAUUCUUUUUUUAUUUAUGAAGGGUUUUUUUUUUCAAAACUUGCAUCCUAUUUUGCAGAGGAUUGUCACAUUUCCCCAAGCGACCAUGUAUUGUUUGUUUAAUCUCUGGCCACCAUGCAGAAUGUUCUGAUAAAGGGAGCACAAGACAAUGAGUUCAGAUUACAAGACGGUUGAAUUAAAAUCUAAACACUGGAACCAGGCUUCACGGUGUGGUUGUCCAGAAGAGCGAUUUCCAUUUCCUUCAUCGUGUCUCUUAACAGGACUGCUAAUGAAAAUGUCUUGAAUCCAAGUCAGUCGAUCUCGGUGUUGUCUGCUCUGACUGGUGGAGCCUUUCUGGGACUGCAGCUCUGGAGAUUUUAUUCCCUAAAAACUGGCAUGGUGAUUAGGCGUGCCAGGUCUCCCUCUGUGGCAAGCGACCUCCCACCUUCUGCCCACUAUCCCAUCUGCGACUCAGCAGGGUGGCAGGGGGAAAAUGGGUGGGGGCAGGGCUCUUUUUGUAGAAAAAGCCCAGCAGGA